UUGUGCUGACGUGUUACGUUCACUUUGUACUGUAACUUGGGCCUUGUCAAUAAAUAUUUAUGUUUGGAGCUUUCAGCUGCUAGUUGGUGUCUUUGCUCACUUGGGUAAAGAUCUCCAGUCUGUAAGAGCAUUAUUAUAGGAUUAAUACGUGCACCAUUGACCAAUGGCCUAGUUUAGAUAUUCCGAAAAAUAAUGUUUUAAGCUAUUUUUUUUAGACAUUUCCAAAAUCAUGUGUUCAUUGCAAUUGCAAAUGAAUGAGCAGUUUCGGCACGUAGUUUCUUGCAUAUCGGAAAGAGGAGGAUUUUAAUAGGCUGCUUUAAUUUCGUCACAUGGUAGGGUUUUUCACGGACGUCAGAAGCCUUGCCUGGUAGGCUGGUACCAGUGCGUUGUGCGAACAUUGGCGGUGCUUGCAGGGCACUUUUCCCCCACACAGUUCUGCGGAUAUCUCGCCGUAACAAUAUCAGAAGAAAUGUCGCGCCACUGACGGAUUUUACAAGUCGCCCUUGACUUUUAUUCUAUACGUUUUCAGACCCGGAGCCCAACACUGUCCCCCCAUGGAGGAGAGCGGAGGAGCAGGAGGAGAGGUGCAUGAGAACCAGGUGUUGAUGGAGGAGAGGGGUGUCUCUCCUGGAGAUUCCCCAGGGACGGAGGAGGGUUCCCCAGCCGUGGUCCGGCCCCGUGACCCCCCCACCUCCACCCUGCAGGACGCAGGGCCUCGGAAGAGCAGCUCCUCCCGCUCCUCCAGGAAGAGCUUCCGUCUGGACUACCGGUUGGAGGAGGAGGUGACUGGGUCGAGCCGGGACAAACAUGGCCGCUUCACAAACCCCUGGUCCACGUGGAAGUUCCCGUCCUGGUCCACCCUGCUGCGUUUCUUCCUGCUGGAGAAGGAUCACAGUAAUGUACCCAGCUCUAAAGAGGUCUUAGACAAAGAGCUCCCAGUAGUGGAGCCUUGGUUCCUCCGUGUCCCCGAGGCAGCCGACGGAGCCGUGGGGUCUGGUCUCAGGGUGACCUGGCUGGGCCACGCAUCAGUCCUGGUAGAGAUGGACGGCCUGGUCAUCCUCACUGACCCCAUCUUCAGCCAGAGGGCGUCUCCCUUCCAGUUCAUGGGCCCCAAGAGGUACCGGGAUCCCCCUUGUACGGUUGAUCAACUCCCCCGGAUCGACGCGGUUGUAAUCAGCCACUCCCACUACGACCAUCUGGACGCCGGCACCGUGACCCAGUUGAACGAGCGGUUCGGUGGGGAUCUCCGAUGGUUUGUGCCGUUGGGACUCAUGGACUGGAUGCAGAAGAGCGGGUGUGAGAAUGUGAUAGAGUUAGACUGGUGGGAGGAGAACUGUGUGCCAGGUCACGACGAGGUCACGUUUGUGUGUACGCCGGCGCAGCACUGGUGCAAGCGCACCCCCACGGACGAUAACCAGGUGCUGUGGGGGAGCUGGUCUGUCCUGGGGCCCUGCAACCGCUUCUUCUUUGCUGGAGACACCGGCUACUGCUCGUCCUUCCAGGAGAUUGGGAGGCGCUUUGGUCCGUUCGACCUGGCUGCCAUACCCAUCGGCGCGUACCUGCCCAGAGAUGUAAUGCGUGGACAGCAUGUGGACCCGGAGGAGGCUGUGCAGAUCCACAAAGACAUCCAGGCCAGACACUCCCUGGCUAUUCACUGGGGAACCUUCGCUUUAGCUUACGAGUUUUACUUAGAGCCUCCAGUGAGACUCAGGGAGGCCAUGGAGAAGAAUGGGUUGAAUGUGGAGCACUUCUUUGUCCUGAACCAUGGAGAAUCCAGAGUGCUGAACACAGACCAGGAAGUCUUUGAAUGAUUGGACCAAAAUGGUGCCUAAGCCCCUCCCACAAGCUGUAGAAGACUAAAACAACACUGUGGCGUAAAGCAUACAGCUGAAUCAAUGGUAUAAGCUCUCAUCGUCAACAGUCUAGUUGAUGGCAUACUAGAGAGCUGAAUGAUGGCGACUAUGAAAUGAACACCCUGUCCAUUUAUCCAAUCGUUGUUUUUCUAUGCCAAAUGUCUGACGCCAGAACUGUCAAGAAGAAACCUUUCUGAAAAUGUUUUGCAGAUGAUGUGUUGUCGUAUAGCUGCAGUGUCACCAGUCGUGUCAACGUGAUGAACGUGUGUAUUUUACACACUGGACACACCACACGUCAUUCUGCUCCGACUCACACAUUGUUUCUGUGCACAACUACAAUGUGUAUGGCUUCAUCGUCUAGCACAUUCACCGAUCACAUUUUGUAGCGUUAUGUAACCAAAUCUUCUGGAGUUAUCGAAUGCUGAACAGUUCCUGUGUAAUAUACUGUAAGUACUUGGACGUUGCAAUAAUGUUUUAGUAGGUCUGGAAACACGUUGUUGUAUGUGGGGGUUUUCACCCUCCUCCGUGUUACAGCUGUCAUUAAAACUCUGCUCUCUGAAGGACACA